AAACAUGGACGAUCAUCUAUGGAUUAUGAGAGCAUGGUGAAUUCCUGGCACGAUCAUGACGAAAGCGGUAGCCUCCCAGCGUACGAGGUGCAGCGGACGAUCAGGAUACCCAGGGGAAAUCCUUGAUUGAGUUCCUCCGAUUAGUGAUGACCGUAUGUACACUGAUGUUCGGUGUAGGUUGCAAUAGAGUUGGACACUUGCACUGUGGGGUCUGACGAUUCUAGUCCCUGUAUCGGACCAGCUGUCUCUGAGUGCCUCUCCCUUCUCCAAGCCGCAUAAGCAAGAAGUAUAUCAUUAUUCAGAACAUACACAGACUGUCGCAUAGCUUUCCGAUUCUACAUAUCAUCAAUAUGCCUGCCUCAGGAGACACCAUCAACCAACGUCAAUCCAACCUCCCGCUCCCCGAUAAACCCCCCGUUGAAUCCGACUGGAACUCUUCCGACUCCAGCACUGUCAACGUUGGCUCGGGUCGUGUCGAAUCCGACAUCUCAGCAUCGGGACAGGGCGGUGACACAUUGAGAGGGCCCGCCACAGCGGGCAGUGACGUAAGAGAAGACAGUUCAGAGACCAUGAAGCACACGGCUGGAAGCAACGUCGGACGCGUGGCGAAGGAUAACUUGGACGGCAUUCCAAACGAUGCGGUGACGAGGGACAAGAAGGAUGCCGCUGGCUUGUCUCAGACGACGAAAUAGGAUGUCAGUGGGAGGAGUGAGAUUUUAUCGGGCAGCAUUUAUCGCUUGCUUGCGCCAUUGAGAAGUGUAAGGCAUAAAAUUCAGGAUAUAGCGAGACUACAAUCCAAUUGAAAAUGUACACUUCACGAAAAUGUCUUGUGUUUUGAUCAGCAUCCUUCACGCCCCCAAAACGGGUUGUGAUUUCAAGGUGAUGUCAUCGCAGGGUCGAAAUAGGUCAGAUGGGAUGAAUGUCUACACGCCUCUAUUGCAACACCGGAGCAUGUCGAGUUUAACUUAAGAACUGACUGAAGUAUCCCAUAUCCAAAUCCGC